GCCCAGGGAGAGGGAAGACCCAAGGCCUAACCACUUAUGAUCCAUCUUCUACAGGUAACAGAUUGAGGUUCCUCAAUCCUCAACUCAUUGCCAGGAUCAGCCAUGUUUCUAGUCUGUACCUUGGGAUUCCUCCUUGGGAUGUUGGUCCCAUUCUGUGAAGCCUACUCAGCAAGGAUUGUGGUCAGGAUUAACCAGGCAGCCCUGGACUAUGUGGCACAGAUAGGGCGCACGGCUUUCCAGAACGCCCUGAAGAUCCAACUCCCUGAUCUCCUUGACCCAAAAGAAGGCUACUUCCAACGAACCUCGGUCUUUAUGCUUGACAGCGAUAUUCCCCACUUUAAUCUGAAAUUUAUCCCUAAUUAUGGGAUUCGCCUGUCUGCUGCUGGCCAUGUCAAUAUGACAGUUUUUUUAACAAAGAAUCUUCACAAAGUAAGAGUGGGUAUUAAUAUCACGGCAGAUAUAGUUGUUACUCAAGCCACCAUAGGAUCACCACUUGUGGGCGUUUCUCUCUGCGAAUCCAUCCCUGAGGAUAUCACCGUUACCUACAGAGAGGACGGGUUAAAAGAAUUAUGGAAUCCUAUCCAGGGAUAUAUUAGGAUUAUCUUACCUGAUAAGCUAUGUUCGAAGCUCCUUUUCCUGGUUGAAGGACUGAAUAUUUAUUUGGGUACAAUGAUUGGUCUCCAACCUCUUGGUCCUGAAUCCCAGAUCAGCUACUCUUUGACCCACCUACCCACCAUCUCCAAAGAACAUAUGUCCCUGAAUAUCAAUAUCACAUUCUAUCUGCUGGGCAAGCCGAUCACUCUCCCUCCAGGUGUGUCCUCCUUCUCCUUGCCGCAACGAGUGGGCUCUAGGAAUGCCAUGGUUAACUUUGUAUUCCCAAAGGAGAUGCUUGAUUCAAUCUACUUCCUCAUGCAGAAGUCUGGGUCCAUUAAUCUAGACAUCACGGGCCAGUUGAACUCUAAAAACAAUCAGCUGACCACAUCAGUGCUGGGGAACCUGAUUCCUGAGGUCCACCGCCAAUUCCCCAAGUCCAUGCCCAUAACGAUGAAGGCUCGGAUCAAUGCUUCACCCGUCCCUACGAUCCACAGAAACAGAACAUCAUUAUUACUCAAUUACCGUACAGAGGUCUUGGCUAUCUCCUCUAACUCAGCCUUCAAGUCCCUCUUUUCUCUGGAUAUGGUUGUGGAACUGAAGCUCAACAUCAUUAUGUCUGGAAAGAAGCUGCAGGCUAAUGUAUCAUUCCUGAAGGAUAUCGAGCUCAAAGUGACUUCCUCCAAUGUGGGUACUUUUGAUUUGUCAAAGGUGAAGGCUUUAAUAAUAUCCAUGGUCAAGAAGUCCCUGAGUGAUCACCUGAAUGCACUCUUUGGCUUGGGUGUUGCUCUUCCCACCAUUACUAAAGUGAGCUACAUCACCCCUGAGGUCUUUAUGUAUGAGGGUUCUAUUGUGGUGUCCUGUGGACUUCAUAUCCAGAAUUGAGCAAGGAGAAGAAUAUGGAGCUAUGAGAGGCUGCUGGUCAGGGCAAGCUGUGCUUAACUGGACCUCUCUUGUUGGCCAUUUUAAACUUUGGAUAUCAAUUUGAAUAUCAAAUUUGAAUAUCAAAUCCAAAAUUUCUUUAAUGCUCUGAAUCCUAUUUUUGUUAGCUAUGUGAUUAUAAGGUUAAUACUGCUGUA